AUGAUUUCAAUUCUAUUAUGGCUCACGUCUGCCAAAGCACAUCCAGUCGACUUUGACUCGCCCAAUGAACGACCACCGUACAAUCGAGAGGAUCCGAUCAACGAAGCGAUGCUUAUAGCGUUUUUUGUGUCGAUUGGAAUCUUCUUGCUCUUCACGGCUCUGGCUAUCAUAUUCGUCGUAGUAAGGCGAAAACUCGGCUUGUCGGAAGAUGACCUCAUGAGAGAAGAAGAGAACCAGGCAUACUUGGAACUCAACUCUGAUGAACAGGAACUCUUUUUCCAAAGCAAAGACUACCUCCAGUCUAAUCCUUAUUUCCGCGGAGAGCUUACUCUUUCUCAGAAUCUUCUGAUUCAGGAAAAAGGCGUGAAUGCAUUUGAGUUUCAAAAGGAUAUCAUGCUCACUAAUAACGAUCUUAUGAUCAUCAACAAAACCGAGCUCAAUUUCUUCAAGACCUUCGAAUGCCUGACGGUGACGAACUUGCCUGUUCCCAUGAAAAACGAGGUGUACUACUUCGAAAGUAAAAUCUACUCAUUGCCAGAUCCUGACAACACCGUGAUCUCUGUAGGAUUAGGCGUAAAACCUUACCCCUGGUUCCGUUUACCCGGGAGACACUUGCAUUCCAUCUGCUACGAUUCGACAGGCUAUAGACGGUUCAACCAACCAUUUAAGUUUAGUGGCGAACCUCCUUUCCCCAAAAUUAUCGAAGGGGAUGUCAUUGGAGUAGGCUACAGAGUCAGAAGUGGAACUGUCUUCUUUACUAGAAAUGGUAAAAAAGUGAGCGAAUCAAAGCUAGGUGGCCAUAUUCGUAAUUUUAAGAUCGCCCAUCAGGGCCAGAUAUACCCCAUUGUUGGUGCUAACAACUUGUGCUCUGUUCACGUGAACUUAGGCCAAUGUGGGUUUGUGUUUAUAGAAGGCAAUGUAAAAAGCUGGGGAUAUGCUCCGUUAGAAGGAACUGGACCUGCUCCUCCGGCUUACAACAAGUUCAAUGCUGACAUCUUGUUAGAGCGUUCAGAGAUAGACGAUGACAACGACUUGAGUGAACGUGAAGACGAUUUCCCACCAGACUUUUGGGAAGUCCAUGGUCGUGAUGCAGAUGGUAAUACAGACGUAGAAGUGGGAAGUAGCAGUGGACUCAUGGACCAGGACAAGUUUAGCUACAAUGCUUACAGCGACGUGAAUUCUAACGACGAGAGAAUCACGUUGGACAGCUUAGCACCUCCUAAUAGACCACCUUCGUAUAGUAGCGAAGAGGAUGAAGAUGUUUCGCAGGACAUGGACACAACGAUCGAAGAAGGAGAUACGAUAUUCGAGGAUCCCUUGAACGAAAUGGAGGUUAGCGAAGAGGACAGAAGCAGCAAUGUUCAUGUAGACGCUGUUCUAGAACACUCUGAGAGCAACGAAGAAGUAGAAGAAGUAGUGCUGGAAGAAGAAGGGCAAGAAGUAGAGGUACAAGAAGAUGAAGCAGAACAAGAAACAGAGGAAGAAGUUGCAGGAGAAGCUGAUCAUGACAGAUCUCCAGAUGUAUGAUACCGUUGCAUUCAUCUCUUCAGUUCGUAAAGGUAAUACUUGCACUUGCAUAUUUUUUUGGGUUCAUUCCAGGUAAUAGACUUCGUUUUCAUCACGAAAACAUUACCUAACGUUUUUAGUUCUUAUAGAUCGAUUAGUACAAUAUUAGUGAUUUUCAG